AUGCUUGCCAAAGUUGCUCUUUUACUUUUGCCUUUGUUGGCAUCCGCCGCCGCCACGCCGGUCCCCCCUAAAGCUGGCAUCGUCGCUCGCGGCGGUCGCAAGUGGGAGUUUCUGGACACAAGAAAAGGAAAGAAUCCGUUGUAUACCAUAGGUGAAGAGCGAACCAAGUCGCCCCCAAAGGCGGAACUGAUUCGCACUCAUGGUGUUCGCUCUGGCGGUAGUAGCAGAGAUCCCGCGGCUUUGCAUGAAAAUGACUGGAACGACCCGGACGCAUACGACGCCGCGAAUGACAGAAUCUUGAUGCUCACAAUAACCGCUACUGGAAUCCGAGAUUCUACUCAUAAAUUUGGCCUUUCAUAUUUGCCACGCCAUUCUGCUCUUGGUCUUAUCCAGGCGCCAUGA